GAUCCAUCUCCUUCUCUCUCAUUUUUUCCCUCUCUCUCUAAAAACUGAACCCUCUCUCUCUCUCUCUGUGGCGUCGUUUUGUGCUUUAACGCCUUUUAAGCGUUUCCGUUUCACUUCAUGGCAUUUUGUUUCUCUUCUUUCUCUCAGGUUAAGUUCCUGAAUUAGAAAUGAUUUGAGUAAAUGUAAAUAUUAGAGGGAUUAAAUUAUAACAAAGUGCAUUAUAGAGGAAAAUUAUUAAUUCAGUCAUCAUUGUUGUUGUUGUUGUUUGUAUAAUUGUGAUUAAGGAGAGAGGUGUGUAGUAAUUUUGUUGAAGAAAUGGGGUAUUUGAAUUCAGUUUUAUCAUCUUCAAGCCAAGUUUAUGCUGAUGAUACACCAGUAAGCGGUGGCGGUCUCAGUCAGAAUGGAAAAUUCAGUUAUGGAUAUGCAAGCUCUCCAGGGAAGAGAUCUUCCAUGGAAGAUUUUUAUGAGACAAGAAUUGAUGGUGUUGAUGGAGAGAUAGUUGGUCUUUUUGGAGUUUUUGAUGGUCAUGGAGGUGCACGAGCUGCUGAAUAUGUGAAACACAACCUUUUUAGCAAUCUGAUCAAACAUCCAAAAUUUAUUUCUGACACCAAAUCAGCUAUAGUUGAUGCUUACAAUCACACAGACUCUGAAUUUCUGAAAUCAGAAAAUAAUCAGAACAGGGAUGCUGGAUCAACUGCUUCUACAGCUAUUCUUGUUGGUGAUCGUUUGCUUGUUGCUAAUGUUGGAGAUUCCAGAGCUGUCAUUUGCCGGGGUGGUAAUGCUAUUGCUGUUUCCCGAGAUCACAAGCCAGAUCAGACUGAUGAACGACAGCGGAUUGAAGAUGCUGGAGGAUUUGUCAUGUGGGCAGGUACUUGGAGAGUUGGUGGUGUCCUAGCUGUCUCUCGUGCAUUUGGUGAUAGGCUUUUGAAGCAGUAUGUUGUUGCUGAUCCAGAAAUCCAGGAGGAAAAGGUUGACAGGUCCCUUGAGUUUCUCAUCCUUGCAAGUGAUGGAUUAUGGGACGUUGUCACAAACGAGGAAGCUGUUGAAAUGAUCAAGCCUAUCACGGACCCAGAGCAGGCAGCAAAGAGGUUGUUGCAGGAGGCGUACCAGAGAGGAAGUGCAGAUAACAUCACCUGUGUUGUCGUUCAUUUCCUGGGCAAUCAAGGCGCUACAUCUCAUGGUGGCUCUGUGUGAGCGUGCUGAACUGGUGCUAUGCUAGGUUUUUAUUCUGACCUAAGUAUAAAUAUGGCCAACAUUAAAUCAUGCGGUGCAAAGCCAAUCAUGAUGAUAAAUAGCAUCGUAUUAUUUUCAAGGAUAGAUAGAUGAUAGAAGUCAAUUUGCUGCCAAAGUGUAUUGCAUGCUUUAGCUUACAUAAUCGUGUCUUGAGGUAGCUAGAACUGUGCACUUGUAUGUCUGAAGUCUUACGUUUUAUCCAUUUCAUCCGUCUGCUGUAAAUGUGGCUCGACACUCGUUUUCUUUCUCUUGCUAAUUGCAUAUCUGUUUCGGUUUU